UUCAGUAACAAACAUGUAGCUUUAAUAAUAUAUGAACACACUUUUUUGAAUAGUUACAAAGAGUCUAGUUUAGUAAAUAAUCAGCACAGGUUGUGUAAGACUAGGUUGACAGAGGUUAAGCAUUACUGUUUUACUGAAUGGGCAAGUUAAUGACCAAAGGUUGCGUGUGAUAUGCCAACCAUGACUUCUUGUGCUGGAGAUCCAUGGCAAGCUACCAAGAGGUUAUGUGCCUGUAUAUUACAAAUAAGGAUUUUUAGGUGAUCUAAGUGAUUUAGUUUGCCAAACAUUAAAACACAUUUUAUACUACACAAAAAUUUUCUAACAAAUAUGAUCCUUGUGGGAUUCAAACCUUAACAGUCUAGACGUGGUUUAGCAAGUAUAUAAUUUACUUAACUCCAAAUUUACAUGUUAAAGACCUCUUUAUGGAUCAUCUUUCCCAAAGUAAAGCUUUUUCUGCUCAUUAUGCUGCAUUAAAAAGCUGACAACUUAGAAAGCAAUGCUCUAACAUGGGUUCCUCAAAGGAACAGCAAUCUGUUAUUUACACAGGCAUUCCUGAUAAGAUUACCGCUGCGUUUAAGAAGUAUGAAAGGCUAACCUGCCCCUUACAGCCCCCAAAGAGCUGCUGUAAUCGCUACAGGGAAUAAUAAAGAGCUUGCUUGUGACCUGCCUCUCUUGGGCUCCCUCAGUGACUGAAGGCAGUAGGUUACUUAAUCAGGGUCUCAGCACUAUUUGAUUGUUUCUGCCUCCAUGGACUGAUAACAACAUUUUUGGAAAAAUCACUGCUGGAGAGAAGCUGUCUCAUUCCUAUAUUGCUUUUAUUAUUUUUACUCUGUUAUUUUAUUCCCACUCUCUCUUCAUUCUUUUCUCUUAUUUUCUUGCACUCAACGGCUGAAUGGAUAAAGCUGGUAUGCCUGAGGCUUGCGGGCCCCUGGCAAGCCAUGAACAAAUCACAGAAACAACAGCACCUAGUUCUAAACUCUUCUGCUGCAGUCGUGUGCGUCGCUGGGUUCCCCUGGCCUACAGAGAGGAGCUCAACCAUGUCCUGCGCCUGUCAGGGCCCCUGCUCAUCUCCAGGAUCCUAAACUUUCUACUGCCAUUUGUCAUCACGAUAUUCUGUGGUCACCUAGGAAAUUCUGAAUUGGCUGGAUAUGCCUUGGCCUCUGCGACUAUUAAUGUGACCACAACAGCCACAGGAUGCGGUCUGGCCCUCGCAUGUGACACACUAGUCUCUCAGACAUUUGGCAGUAAGAACCUUAAGCGUGUGGGGGAGAUUCUCCAGAGAAGCAUUCUUAUCCUCUUACUCUUCUGCCUGCCAUGCUGGGCCAUACUCAUCAAUGCUGAGUCAAUACUACUCACCCUGAGGCAAGAGCCAGAGGUGGCCAGCACUGCACAGCUGUAUGUUAUGGCUUUCCUCCCUGCUGUUCCUGCCAUGUUUCUGCACCAUCUGCAGGUGUCUUAUCUGCAAAACCAGGGCAUCAUCCUGCCACAGCUGUACACAGCAGUUGCUGCCAAUGUUUUAAAUGUAGCAACAAACUACAUCCUUCUUCACUCAAUGAAACUGGGAGUGAUGGGUUCUGCUGCAGCCAACAGUGUUUCACAGAUCUCCAUCUGCCUCUUGCUGUUUGCUUACAUACGCUGGAAAAAGCUGCAUUUGAACACCUGGGGUGGCUGGUCUACUGCAGCACUGCAGGAGUGGGGCUCUUACAUGAAACUGGCUAUUCCCAGCACUCUCAUGCUCUGUUUUGAGUGGUGGGUCUAUGAUAUUGGAGGUUUCCUUGCAGGAAUGAUGGGGGAGGUGGAUCUUGCUGCUCAACAUGUGUUGCUGGAGCUGGGGGCCAUUACUUACAUGUUUCCAUUAGGUGUGCACGCGGCCGCUUGUGUGCGUGUGGGAAAUGCGCUGGGAGCUGGAGACACUAACAGGGCCCUGAUCACAAGUAAAGUUACUCUUAUGAUCUCAGGAGUUUUGGCUAUUUUACAGGGAAUCGUGAUGGGUUCCUCAAAGUCAGUAGUGGGAUACAUCUUCACUUCUGAUGAGAGCAUAGUGAAAAUUGUCUCGGAAAUUCUCACCCUGUACGUUUUCCUGCAGUUUUUUGAUGCUCUCGUGUGUGUGUGUUCAGGGAUUCUUCUGGGUGCUGGGAAGCAGAAGAUAGCAGCAUUGUCCAACUUGAUCUGUUACUACUGCAUUGGGUUACCAGUAGGAAUAUCACUGAUGUUUCUGGCCAAGCUCAGGAUACUUGGUCUGUGGCUUGGCCUCUUGAUUUGUGUCAUUAUUCAGACCUGUUUCUUCAUCACUCUCAUCUUCAAGCUCAACUGGAAGAGAGUUACUGAGAAGGCUCAGAAACGUGCAGGGAAACAUGCAAAGGUAGUGUCUGUUCAAAAGGCACCAUCGAUAGGACAGUCAGUCCUUGAUACGCUUGUUUCUGAAAGGCAGGAGAACGAUGAGCAAGAACCUGAUACUGGAGCAUCAGCAAGUAUCUCUGAACCUUGGGAUGACAUAACUGGAAACAAAUCCCAGCUAACAAGUAAUAGUCCUGAAGUGGCCGGCUUUGUCCAAGUGAGCACCCAAGAUCAGAGUAAACUAGUGAUGGCGAGUGAAAAUGGAGAAACCCAACCUAAAGUCUUGCUCUCUACGAACCAGCUUGUGCUCAGACGAGGACUUACGCUGUUGACCACUGUUCUGAUCCUGAUAGCUGGAGUCGCUGUGCACGUAGCUUGUCCUAUUCCAAAGUCUUUAGGUACUCAUCAAAGCAAUUUAACAAUUGAUUCAAGAAAUGUUUCCACUUCUAACAUCUUCCUCAACACCACAUUGAGCUAACUCUUACGUGAUCCAUCUUAACAUGUUCCCAAUUCUUCAGUGUUAUUUAAGAAAAAAAUAAAUAAUGCAUCUCUGCCAGCUUUUUCAACCUACCACUAAUAACAGUUGAAGGGUUAUGAAAGAGCACUUCUCUCGACGUACAUUAUUCAGUACCAUGGACUUCUUCAAAUCUGGGACACACUCCAAACCCAGCUGUGAAGUCCAAAAUACAGCUAUGUGAGCCCUUGAUGCCUUCAGUGUGACUCUACAAUUUUCAUAGUCAUGAAAAUAAAGAAAACUCUUUGAAUGAGAAAGUGUGUCCAAACUUUUGGUCU